AUGGAGCAGGAAGCUACUGAAAUUGAGCAAAUAAACUCAGAGAGGUUGGAUCGCAAAAGGAAAUUAGUUGCUGAUCGAGACAGCAUCGAUUUAGAAUUGAGACAGUUAAAGAGAAAAAGAGAAGAUGAGGAGUUGCAUCUGGAGCGUAAAAAGGCGCAGUUGGUUGAUACCAAGAAAAUUUCUAUUGACAAUAGUCAUGAUGCUACUGUGGAUACCUCUGAGCUAGUAGUUGAAAUGAUGCAAGUGAAGGAAGAAAUUGGGAACCAAGAACUAGUUCUGCAGAAAAUUAAUUUGAAACUUACAGAUGCUUUGCAAGAAGAGAAUAAUAGAAGAGCUUCUUACGAGGACUUUAUUGAGUCUGUACAUGCUGAAAUGGGGUCUAUUAGCGAUGCUGAGCGUGAAUUGCAGCUUGUUGAAGAAAAAAUACAUGAUGCUGAGCAGGGGAAGGCUCACUAUGAACGUGUUAUGGAAACAAAGGUUUUAGGUCCUAUUACAACUGCUGAAUCAGAGUUGACACGUCUUCAACAGCUUCAUCAGGAGAAUUUUGAAAAGGCUUCAACAAUUUGUGCCGAGAGUGAAGUGGAAGCUCUUGGGGGUGUUGAUGGAUCCAUAGAACAAUUAAGUGCUCGUAUUAAUAAAUUAAAGCACAAAUUUCAGCAAGAAAGUAGAAGAUAUACUGAAACCAUUGAUGAUCUGAGAGCACUGCAUGACAAAAAGGGACAGAAGAUCUUGAGAAAACAACAAAUGUAUGCAGGUUUUAGGGUCAAAUUAAAUGCAUGUCAAAAGGCACUGGACUUGAGAUGGAAGAAGUUCCAGAGAAAUGCGGGUCUUUUGAAGCGUCAGCUUAUGUGGCUGUUCAACGAGCACCUGGGAAAGAUAGGUAUCAGCAGGCACAUCAAUGUAGAUUAUAAGAAUGAAGUUCUGUCUGUUGAGCUGACAAUGCCUCAAGAUGCGUCUCGUGAUACCAUUAGAGACACUAGAGGACUUUCAGGUGGAGAACGAUCUUUCUCAACCCUUUGCUUCACCUUAUCUCUUCAUGGAAUGACAGAAGCACCAUUUAGGGCCAUGGAUGAGUUUGAUGUAUUCAUGGAUGCGGUGAGCCGCAAAAUAAGCUUAGACACCCUAGUAGAUUUUGCUGUUGCACAAGGAUCUCAAUGGAUAUUUAUAACCCCUCAUGAUAUCAGCAUGGUGAAGGCUGGGGAUAGGAUCAAGAAGCAGCAAAUGGCUGCCCCUCGCGGUUGA